AUGUCUGCAGCCAACGAGCACGGCCAGGGUGUGUCACACGCCAAGGACUCUGCCUUGCCUCAGAAGGCCCAGGAAGCCGUUCCCGGCUCCGUCGAGCAUAAGGUCCCUGACGCUCUCCACGACACCGGCUCGAAUGAGCAGACUGGAAAGGUCUCCCACGCCACUGGAAAGUCUAUCGUGCCAGAAACACUUCAGCAGGGUCUCCCCGAGAAGGUGGAGAAGGUUGUCCCCAACGCCCUUCACGAUACUUCGGGUGCUAAGUUCAGCGAUGGGUCUGUCGGGAAGUAG